AUGUCGGCUCUCCGAACCACCUCGGCGCACGCCGCCGCUGCUGCUGCUGCCACCAACCCCGAACCGGAACGCAGCCCACGCAGAAAAAUGUCCACCGACCUCAUGAGGAUCAAGAACUUUCCUUCCAGCCUCUCUCUGCGCAAGCCAGCCGAUCCGGAUACCCCACCGCGCUCCGAUCCGGCCGCAUCCACCGGCACCGGCACCGGCACCUUCUCUCGCCUCCGCGCUUUGGGUCAGUCUCAAGCAUCAGACGGCAAGUCCUCGCGCCGCACUUCCAGGCUCUUUGAUGCCUUCAAGUCGUCCAAGAAGCCGCCACCCUCCUUCGAGGUCGUUCGCAAACCGCCCAACCGCAGCACCACCUCCUUCCACUCGUCGCUCCAGUCCUCCACCCAGGACGCCGUCUACCGUUCGCAAAGUCGCAUCUCCACCCAGGACUCGCCCCAGGUCCUCGAAGCGCCUCCUAGGAUAUCGCUCUCAGCACCUACGCCCGACCCCUCCAUGCCCUCUUUCGCCGCGCCCACCUCGCCCUCGGUCCCCAACAACCUCGGCUCGCGUUCCCACUAUCCUCCCUCCACCACCAGGACGCGCAGGCUCAGCAGCAACCUCGCCGCAACGACGACCAACAACACGCGCAGAACGUCCGAUCCGCACAACAUCUCGCGCACGCAUUCGCCCGCCCCGAGCGCCAACGUCGACGCCCCCACAAGCGGCACUUUUAGCCUGCACUCCUUCCGCAACGUCCGGUCCGCCAGCGACGUCUCGCACACCGACGACCCCAGCGCCAGCGCUCCCAGUGCAGGCGCCCACUCCAGAGUGCACAGCAUCAUCUCGGUCGACGAAUACGUCACCCCGGGCGAGGAGCUUCCCGAGCCGCGUUUCGUCGACGAACCCUCCUCCCGCGCCAAGUCGCCCGACAUCAACCGCGCACACUCCACCAGCCCCGUCGCCAACGCAAAGCCCGCCAGCAUCUCGGCCGCCAAGUUCCGCCAGGCCGCACGUCAGCGCAGCGAAAGCGGCACCAUCCCCACGCUCGACAACAUCCACGCUGGCCGUCCGCCUCGAUCGCGCACACCGUCGCAGGAUCUUGCGGCUAUGGAAGCCGUGCUUGCGCAGACCAACCAGCGCGCCGUUCGGCCCGUCGAUCCCGACCGGCGCAGGAGCACAGGCCCCACCACCGUCUCCUCGCCCGUGCUCGCACCCGCUGCAGAGGACCAUCAGCAUCGUCGCAAGCGCGGCUUCUUCAUCGUCGUCGAGGGCCUCGACCGCGCAGGCAAGAGCACGCAGGUCGAGAGGCUCGCACAGCACCUCAACGCCAAGCCCAUCAAGUUUCCGGAAAGGACCACCGCCAUCGGCCAGAUGAUCAACUCGUACCUCGCGCAGACGAGCGAGCUGGACGACCAGGCGAUCCAUCUGCUCUUUUCGGCCAAUCGGUGGGAGUGCGUCGCCGCCAUCCACAAGACGCUCGACGCGGGCGAGAGCAUCGUAUGCGACCGCUACGCCUUUUCCGGCAUCGCCUACUCGGUCAGCAAAGGGCUCUCGUACGACUGGUGCCGCCAUCCGGACAUUGGGCUGCCGCUGCCCGACCUCACGCUGUUUUUGGAUCUGGACGCCCAGACCGCCGCUGCGCGCGGCGGGUAUGGAGAGGAGAGAUACGAGAAGCUCGAGUUCCAGGCUAAAGUGCGCGAGGCUUUCAGUCGGGUUGCGCAGGACGUCAAGGCGCAUGGCGGACGGUGGGUCACCAUCGAUGCGGGCAAGACGCUCGACCAGGUCACCGACGACAUCCAACGCGCGGUGCAGCGCGCCACCUCGUCCAUCGACCGGGUGGGCAUCAAGCUCGGCCGCCUCUUUGUGUCGGAGCGUCCUGCCGUCGAGCGUGGCGGGUCGAGUGGCGAGCUCGUGCCGCCCGCGGUGCUGCCGAGCGUCAAGCGGGCAUCGAUGUCGUCCGACGAGUUGGGACGCAGGGGCAAGUCGCUCGACCAGCCGGGCAUCCACGUCGACACGGCUACGACCAACGGCACCUUUCCCGCAGCUAGACCGUCCGGCUCGCCGCUGAGCUACACGGAGCAGCUGUCGGCCGUGCGUGCCGCUGCAGCCGGCACGCUCUCGGGUCUGUUUGGCGGUUCGAACUCGGCGCUGGACCAGCAGAAUGCCGGCGGUAGUGGUGAUAGGGGCGUGGGGGAGGAGGGGCCGUCGCCGGCGAAUGGGCUGCGCGGACAGGGCUUUGACUCGGCGCGCGUGCUGGGCAAGCAUGUGGAUGCGAGCGGCCGGCGACGUACGCUUAUUGAUGUGAUUGGCGAGAUCGAGAAUGCGCCGUCCCCCGCGUGGGGCGAGCAUCGGCGCUCGGUCUCGGCUGCGGAAGCUCCGGCUGGCGUGUCGGGGGGAAGUGUGGUGCCGCCUCCGCGCGUGCGACGCAGCACUGACCAAGGGCGCGGUGGACAGCUGGCACCCGACGCAGCGUCGCGAGGCGCGCUCGCCGACCACGCUCUACCAUCACCCACGAGUCCGACGGCCGUAUCGCCGGCCUUGCGCGCGGCAUCACCGAUGACGAGUUCGUCGCGCAGCUCCAUGGCGAGUCCCGUAGCUCGACCUGCCAGCACCUCUCCCGCUGUCGAUGCCACUGUGGGUGCAGAGGGGCAGUUGAGUGCCCAGCACUUGUCGCAGCUCAACGUGCAGCAGGGGCAGGCGGAGAUGCACGAGCAGUACAUGCGCAACUACAUGGCCAUGAUGGCGAACCCCAUGCUCGCACACCAAGCGCACUAUCUCGCGAUGCAGCGUCAGCAGCAGCAAUACUACGGCCGCGCGGCCAGUGUGGGUGUGGGUGGGAGUCAUUUGGGCGCGGGUGCGAAUGGGAACAGUGCCCAGGGAGGUGCACCCUUGGCGGCAUUUAUGCAACCGAGUGUGCAGAAUCCCGGAGCGGCCAGGAGAGCGCAUUCGAGGACGCCUUCGACGAGCGAGCUGGACACAAAUGCACCGAUGGGGCAGGGGCAAGGGGGCCAGGGUGGGCAGCCUAUGUUGUCCAUGAUGAUGGCUCCACCACCUGCGCCUGCCAAUACCACCUCGGCCGGGGCGAGUAUGGCGCAGUAUGCGUAUCCGAUGUAUGCACAGCAACCAUUCUACGCGCCGCCUGGCUUUGGUUGGGGAGGAGGUUACGCCUCCCGACCGGGAUAUGCUACUACGCGGUCGGAAAUCGCCACGCCCUCAUCGGCACGCCUGCGCUCGCAAAAGAGCGAUCAAGCCAUACGACCGCAGUAA